UGAAUAUAUGUAUGUAUAAAAAUUUGAAUCUGUAUUUCAAUUAUUUCUCUAUUUUGCAGUGGUGUGAGUAUUCCAAUUCUGUUCUCAAUACUAGUAGGUAUACAAUUAAAUCCUUCAUUCAAGUCAAUAAGCACAACAUCAACUCCUAAUGCCGUUGUUAGGUUUACGUUGGCGCAGCCUGCGCCUCAUUGUCCCUCGUACAUUCACAGAUGCUGCUGCCUGCACUUUACUCUCUGUUGCCAUCCCAAUUGUUUAUUGGUUUGAGGUAUUUGUUGUGAUGCCACGAGUGUUCAACAGCUUUUUCCACAAGUUCCAUAUCUGCUUGGGCACAUUUGUGCUGCUCAAUAUCAUCACUAAUUUUGUGGUGAUCAUGUUGAUUGACACCUCAACCAAAGGACACAUCAUGCCAGCCACAGUGCCUAAAGGCUGGCAUGUGUGCGCUCCUUGUGAGAACGUGGCGCCUCCAAGAGCCCGUCACUGUGGGUCCUGUGGCUGCUGUAUCCUCAAGCGCGAGCAUCACUGCAUCUUCACUGGCUGCUGCAUCGGCCUCUACAACCACCGAUACUUCUUCUGCUUCCUCGUCUACAUGUGGCUCUCCACGCUAUAUUGCUCUGUAGUCAAUGCCUUCUUCAUAUCGCCCUACAUAGAGGAGGACAGCAUCGCGUGGACGAGCGUGCGCGUGGUGCUGCCUGGCCUGUGGCUCAUAGUGAACCCUUCAGUGGAGACGCUCUACGGCUUCCUCUUCUCCCUGAACGUCAUAGGCUGCUUGUUCUUGUCCGUGCUGCUCUACUACUACACACGUCAGCUCCUCACCAACACCACCACACGCGAGCGCUCAGAGAACAGUGCCAUCUCGUACGACAAGGGCACGCUCCACAACAUCCAGGUGGUACUUGGGAGGCGCUGGUACCUGACGUGGUUGUUCCCUCUGGUUCCCUCAACCAUACCCUACGAUGGUCUGGACUGGUCCAAGCAGCUCUUCAAGCCAACGUUUGAAGAUAAAUCCAAGUGAAGAAGAGGCAGUUUUUCUCGAUUCUGUCUUUUAUUCUUCUUUAUGAAUAAAGUUUUUAAACUAAGUAUUACACAGGAGAGUGAAGCGUUGAGCAAACAUGUAGUGCAGCUUCUGAUUGAUCGCUCAUAUCUUUAAUAAAUGGUUAGUAAUACGUUCCUGACUUGAUGUGACCUCGUUUAUAUGUUUACCUCAGUCUUUGCAUUUGAAGCUGCUUUUCAAGACAAUAUUCGUAACAUUCGUGUCUCGGCUUGUAAAAUACCACCGUCGUAUUCGUGUUUCUGUUACCUGUAGCUCGAAAUACUUCGUAAUUCUAUUCCAGAUUAGAAAUAAUGUAAGUUUGUAGCUACUUAAUACUCAUUUUGAACCUACCAAAGGAUCUUUUAUGUAUAGCUUUAAGGCCACUGCCAAACUCGUGUAAGAAUAUUUUGAAUUUAUUGGUAAGUUUACACUAAAGACAUAAGAUCUCAUUGUUUAGUCAUUACUCAUGUCUAGUCUUGGUUCAUGUGAUUUUUACCAGAUUGUCCUCUCUAUUUUAAUUAUGUUCAAAGUAAUUUAAGAUUUGAUUGUGAUUAAGGUAAGUCAUCUUAAGCGUUCUCGUUUAGUGGCGAAAGUUUAUCCUGGACUCGGGACUGGACUCUUCGUGGGAACAUCUGCUACCACCUUUGGGUGCAUUUGUAAUGCGUAUUUGGAUGCCCGCUGUGUGUCAUGAUGUUGAUCGUUGCUCUUUCUUGUAUAAUUCAAUCAAAUGUGUCAAAUCACUUGAAUAUUUCCAUUUAAUAUAUCAUAGUCAUUUAAUAGCAAAGGAUGAAUAUUUGAAAUUUUUCGUAAUUUCUGAAAUAUUGAUCGGGUUCUCUCUACCAUGUCCACUGACAACAUUCUAUUCCGAAACAAAUGAUAAUAAUUGUCUGGUAAUAUAUAUAUUUUUAUUACUUAUGCAUGGAUUAGGUUAAAAUGAUUGAAUAUCUGGAAGAAUUUUUGUACCGCUGUGUGUGAUUAUAGGUUGCUUAUUUUCGAAUAGCGAUUAACGGACAAAGGAUGCCAACGCAGAAAGUAGGCUGAUGAAGAAUAACCUGUUUUAUUAAGAGUUUUUUACUUCACUUAAGUGCUGAUUAAUUGAGUUAUCCAAUUGCCUGCUUUUGGAGAAUUGUUGUGAAUGCUUAGCUUUAGUGUUUUGAUUGUCUUUUCUGGUUCUAAUGUUCUCGGUCAGUAAAAAUUUCUUUGUUUCCCGGUUAAUAACCAUUUCAUUUUGCCGCCAUUAAUUGUAAUUCAAUUGAUUUCCUUGCUGGGAAAUGCGAAAGCGUUGCAGAAUUUUCCACUUUGACUGAUGCUUCCAAUUGCGUUUAUAGCUUUUUGUAUUUCCAUUGUGGACUACGAAAGUUCUAAAUACAUUGCUCGUAAACAGU